AAUUUGUAGUGGUGUGUAUGGGAAGUACCUUUAAUCAUAACCUUUUAUAACUAUAGUAUUUCUCAAUAUAUAAUAACAUUGACAAACAAUAGAAGCCAUGUCUAUAUUAGUCUAAUGUUGAAUAUUAUGAAAUACACAGAACUGUAUUAUUGUACAAGGACUCACAUACAGUGUUAUUACAUUGUGUGAUAAGCAAGGAUUAACUCAGAAACUUUUUUGUUAAAUGAUUAGUAGAUGUAGUUGAAGUAUUGUGAGGAGUUGACAUGGUUUGUUCUGAUGGUAUGCUAUAUAGAUAAAGUGUGGAGUAGUUUUGAUGUGAUAGUGUGGAUGAUACACAAAUAUAAUGGCUAUUAUAACAGCCAUGGAAGAUACAACUCAAAUCAUCCUGGUGAUCGUGUGUUCUUUAGGAGCGGUCAUGGGGCUAGUUAUGGGUAGUGUUGUCUGCUCAUGGUGCUUUGGUAAAAAGAAAAAAGGCGAAGAUAGUGAUGAAGAGGCUUUGGCGAGGAAAAUUAAAACUGGGAAUUCUUUAGAUGAGGAAUCUGGGGAUACAACAAGAUUUAAAUCAGAAGGUUCACAAUCAUUCCAGCAGACGCCAGGAUCACCGGCCAUUACCAGAAAUACAAUCAAUAACAGCAGUAGCAACCACAGUAAUGGUGGUAUUUUGAAUGGAGUAUUAAAGAGAUUUGAGCGUCCCGAAAGAAAGAUGGUGACUGAGCACGUUCAGCCUAACGUUACUUCUCAGACGGCGUUAAAUCAACAGCUAGGUUUACAGAAAGAAUCUUAUAAUACAAUGGGUAUUACCAGGGGAUUAAGUUUAAGCAGUCAGAGUCGUUCAGCUUCAGAAGAGGAGGAAUCAUCGAGUGUUUGGAAAAAUGUGAAAAGUAUCGCCACAUUAUUAAUGGACGAACCUCCUCCAGAACCUACUACAGGGCCUAUAGUGGAUGGAGUGGAUUUUAAACUUGGAAAACUUCAAUUUGGACUAGCUUAUGAUUUUCAAUCAUUGACAUUAUCAUUACGGAUAAUCCGUGCCACUCAAUUACCUGCUAAAGAUGUUACUGGCACCAGUGAUCCAUAUGUCAAAAUUGUUUUAUUACCAGAUAAAAAACAUAAACUUCUUACAAAAGUGAAAAAAAGAAAUUUGAAUCCUCACUGGAAUGAGUGUUUUCUGUUUGAAGGAUGGCCACAUAAUAAACUACUAGAGAAAACCCUGUAUCUUCAAGUUAUAGAUUACGAUCGAUUCAGUCGAGAUGAUCCUAUUGGAGAGACCUAUGUUCCUCUUAAUGAGAUUGACCUGUCACAAUCUCCUGUGUUUUGGAAGUAUUUACAGCCUUGUAAAGAUUCCAGGGGUAAAUUAGGAGAGUUAUUAUUAUCUCUAUGUUAUCAACCUAAUAUUGGUAGAUUAUCUGUUAUUGUUAUGAAAGCUAAAGAACUUAAAGCCAAAGAUAUAACUGGAACAUCAGGUUUUUUUCGUACACGUAACAAAUGUGAAAGUUCUGAUCCCUAUGUCAAAAUUUGGCUGUCGUUUGGUCAAAAUAGAGUAGAGAAGAAGAAAACUACCAUUAAGAAGCGAACAUUAAACCCUGUUUUUAAUGAAUCUUUUAUAUUUGACAUUCCGUGGGAGAAACUACGUGAAGCCUCUCUAGAAGUUACUUGUAUGGACUUUGAUAAAGUGGGGCGUAACGAGCUCAUAGGUAAAGUGAUUCUAGGUGGCAGAAGUGGUCCCAUGGAAACCAGACAUUGGAAUGACAUGGUUUCAAAACCAAGACAACAAGUGGCCCAAUGGCACCUCUUGAAAGAUUGAUUGGAAAUGUGAUUGCUUUAGUUUUUUGUGUAAAUUAAAAAUCAAAAAAGUUAAUGAUGGUGGUAAAUGGAUAUUAAAUCUAGACUUUUUAAGGACAUUGAUACAAAGAUAUGAAAUCUUACUCAACUUCUUUGGAAGAAAAAGAGAGCAACUGUUUUAUAUAUAAUAGUGGAAAGUACAAUGUAAAAAAAAAUGACCAAACACAGUGCUUGCUAGCUACCUGGACCAACUAUUGUAUACUGUGAAUUCUUUGUUAAAGGAUAUAUUUUUUGGAUAGCUAGCUUACUGUGUGGUAAAUCCCUUCAAUUAGUAGAUGAAGUUGAACAAUUAUCAUGAUGGAUCUAUAGUGACUAAAAUAAUUACUAUAGAUUAAUAUAAAGUAUCGUUGUUAAUGUUAAACGGAAGAAAAACAUGUUCUAGAACACCUCUAUUCUGGACAAGUUAUUUACCGUAAUUAAGUGCAUGAAGAAAAUUGUAUAAAUAGGUGUUGAUAUUGCUGAAAAAAGAAAUAUGUUCAGUAACAAAAAGUUUAUAUAAAUAUGAAUUAAAUGUAUGUAAUGUACAUUUUGAUUGUUGUUAUUAAAAACAUGACUUGUGUAUCAAUAGCCAAUAAUUUCAUAAUGAAUUAAGUGUUCAAUGUAGUUUGUACUGUAUAACAAAAUAUUGUGAUGUAACUCAUUGUGUAUGAUAACUUCAUUAACAACAUGUUGCAGAGUAACAGCAUUAAGUUAUUUUUUGUUUUCUGAAUGAAACCAUCCACUUGUGAGUUUGGUGACUGUUCCUGAUAAGUUAAGAAUGUUUUUAAAUUUGAUGUAAUUAAAAUACUAAAAUCUAAAAAAUUUCUUAGGAAACUCUGCUCCAAGUAAAAUUGACUUUUUUUCGUUUAAUGUUUACAUGAUUUUAUCAACUGUAAGAAAUUACAAUAUUAAUUCAAUGCAUAAUAUGGUAAUACUAAACUUUACUAAUUUAAGUGGAACCAUUAUGGAAAGAAAUAUAUCACAUGACCAAAACCGUCCCCUAUGAAUUUAAAAAUCUUGAUAUAAUGAUCACAAAAAAUUUGAUUUUUGUUUUAUAGUAUUUUGGUUGCUGUCAACAUUGAAUCAAUACACCAAUUAAUAUAAAUAAUCAUUCCUGUCAACAUGUAAUUGAAGAAUUUUGUUAAAUAAGAAUGAAUCUUAUUUGUCUAAGGCGGGAUGAUGGGGGUUUUGCUUAGUUGUUUUCCCUUAUAUACAAAACCAUUUUGUUUGAUAUAAAAAGUUCAAUUAACUGUACUUUUACAUACAUAUAUUGGACAAUUUAUUAAAUAUAAAUAUACAAAUGCAAGUCUACAAUGGUCACAAUUUGUAAAACAUAAUGUGUUUUGAGAUUUUAGUGCCCUUAAAAUUGUUAUUAAUAUUGUCAAGAAGUGGAUAUUUUAUUCAAAUGAAUUUUAUUUAUUGUUAUUUUAGACUUGAUUGUCUCGUCCGGACUUUCCACAAGAAACAAGUUAUAUAAAUAUAUAUGACAAAAACAGUACACCACACACAUAUAUAUCUCCAGGUGUGGGUGAUCUGCAUGGCAUUGAUGCCAUGAUUGGUUAUGUAAAGUUGCAAUAGGUCCUUAGGGUAUACUGUACAAAGAAUUCUAGUAAUUUAUUCUUUUUAUUUAGUUUCAUUUAACUUUUUUGGUAAAUUAAUAAUCUGUUAUUUUGUUUUGUUUUAAUUAAAUGAAAUUAAUUUUGUAUUGUUGAUUUUUACUUUUAAUAACUUGCAUGCUUAUUUUUUUUUUAGUAAGCUUAAUAUUCGAAACUGUGUGACAAAUUUCUGAGUUAAUGGCAAGCAUGCAUAGUAGAUUUGGUUGAUUUUAAUUUUAUAAUUGCUUAACAUAGUAACAGUUGAAGUUUGAUUUGAUUUUUGCUACUCACAAAUGGAAUAUAAAAAAAUCAUUUGUGUGCUAUCCAUAAUGAGUUAGAAAUGUGAAAUUGUGAACAAGAGCAUAAUAUGAAUGACUAACAUACAACUCAUAUUUAACAGCACAGUUUGUAGGCUACAUCCAAAAACAAUUAUUGGAUCAGCAAUAGCAGGCACACACUGAUCAGCAGUGAAUAUUCACUAGGCUGCCACAAUCACUGAUAAGGAUGACAUCGCAUCUGAUGCGGCUUAUUGAGCCCCAAAUAUUAACUUUAUUCCUCCGACAAAUUAAAUUCUAAAACAUUCUUUUAUGUAUUAGAAAAAUAAAUAAAGACGUUUGAAGUAUUUGUAGGUAAAAAUUAUUUCCUAUUUUAGUGUAAAUGGGUAUUAAAAUGAGUAAAAGACACCAUUCUGUAUGAACCAGUAAUGUCUUAUGUAAACAAUGCAUGUGCCAUUGAGCCAAUGAUUGACACCGCGUGAUGUGAUGUCAUGUGUUGAAGGCAGUCAUCUUUUACAGAGAUAUUAGAAGACUUUCGUAAUCCUCUAUGAAACAGAUUGUAGCAGGCAGUGUGUGGUCUAAGAGGAGGUAAUGACUGGUUUUAAAAUACAGAUGUGACGUCAUCCUCUGAUGUUGGCAGGAUGACGUAUCAUUAUUUCAAAUAAUGGUACGGGCAAUGUGCCAAGCGUACAUUAUUUAUACGAGUUGAAAUUUUGGACCUGCCUUACGCAAGACAUUGCGUAAUAUAUGGAUAUAGCUCUUGUGCAAUAUCAAAAUAUUACUUUAUGUCCGGCACUUGACCAUGAAACAACUUAAAAUACAGACACUAUCCAGCACCUGCAUUUCAAUCUGAGUGUUGUAUCAAUAUAUUACACAUUGUCUUGCUGGAGACCUUAAAAAUUAAACAACUUAACAGUCAAAUAUUUUCUACCAUCUUGUAUAAAUAAUAUAUGAUUGGCACAGUGCAUGCCAUUAUUUGAAAUAAUGGUACACAUAACAUUAAGAUGUCAUCACACCCUGUAUUUUAAAACUUGUUAAUAAACCUCUAAUAACACAUAGUCCAUGGUUUGGUACAUGUUGAUUAACAAUGGCUUCUGUGGUCAUGAUAUGGUCAAACCAAAACUAUGGUGUAAGUAGUGUCUCUUUAUUCCUAAAGCAUUCCAUCAUCAGUUAAUAAGCUGAGAAUACUGGUAACUGUUGCUUCAGGAAUAUGUAGUAUCUCAUGUUUUUGUUUUAAGACCUGACUUAUUAUAUAUGUAUAUUAUACACUAAUGUUGUGAUGAAGAAUGUUGUUGUUAUAAAAUCACACUAUUAAAUAUAAAUUGUUGACAAUCAAUAUAUUUUACAUUAAAAUGACAAAUAAAAUUCUUUAUGGAAAUAUAUA